UUGGUUCAACUUGAUAAUUCUUGUGGAAAUCAUAGAUUUUAAGUUAGUGUAAUCUGUGUAUUUUCUGUUGAUUUUAAGUGUACGACUAUUCCUUUGUGAAUUUUCCACGCCGGCUGUGAAUUGAGUGGUUGCACGCCCUGUGUACCUGCUCUCGUCGUGUUGUGCAGAAUUUUGUGAUUUCUCCUUCGGAAAUUGUUUUGUGGACAAAUUGCACCCGCUGCCGGGAACGAACUAAGUUCACAACCUGCAGCAUAAUAGGGAGCCAUACGCUGCGGCGGAAAGACGGGUGCGACACGCACUCGUGAGCUAGAGGGUUGUCGGGCGUGGUGCGGGCGGCGGCCGCGAGCCCGGCACCAUGGCUACGGUGGAGGGGCGGCCGGCGCAAUAUGGCGUCACCCUACGGCAGCUUCGCGAGCUGAUGGAGUCUCGCGGCGCCGAGGGUUUGGCCAAGAUCAACGCGCUCGGUGGUCCGCAAGAAAUAUGCAAGAAGCUCUACACAUCGCCCACAGAUGGUCUUAGCGGUUCGAAAGCCGACCUGCAGCACAGGCGCGAAGUGUUCGGCUCGAACCUGAUCCCACCAAAGCCCCCCAAGACUUUCCUCACGUUAGUCUGGGAGGCCCUGCAAGAUGUGACCCUCAUUAUUCUGGAGGUUGCAGCUGUAGUCUCCUUAGGGUUGAGUUUCUACAAACCGUCAGAUGACCCAGCUGAUGUUGCUCAUCUCGACGAAGAGGAAGGUCAUUAUCAAUGGAUCGAAGGUCUGGCGAUCUUAAUAUCAGUCAUAGUCGUCGUUAUAGUUACUGCGUUCAACGAUUAUACGAAAGAAAGGCAAUUCAGAGGGCUUCAAUCUCGGAUAGAAGGGGAACAUAAGUUUGCCGUGAUUCGAGGCAGCGAGGUCAGACAGGUUCCAAUCAGCGAGAUAGUAUGUGGCGAUAUAUGUCAGAUAAAGUACGGUGAUCUGUUGCCCGCUGACGGUAUAUUGCUGCAGAGUAAUGACCUGAAGGUUGAUGAAUCAUCGCUCACUGGUGAAUCGGACCAUGUCAAAAAGGGUGAAGCGUUUGAUCCCAUGGUGCUAUCCGGUACACAUGUCAUGGAAGGCUCCGGCAAAAUGCUGGUAACAGCGGUCGGUGUGAACUCCCAAGCUGGUAUCAUCUUCACGCUCCUCGGCGCCGCUGUAGACAAGCAGGAGAAGGAAAUCAAGCAAAUGAAGAAAGAGGCUAAAAAGCAGCAACGCAAGUCUACGCAACGCAAGAGUUUGACUGGUGAUGAGGACGCGACGUUGCCAGCGUCGGGCAACAGCCACGGCGCUAACCACGCGCGACCAGACGACAACCACGUGCCUGCCACCAGCGACAAACCCCCACCAGAGUCUAGCCAUAAAAAGGAGAAGUCCGUACUGCAAGCCAAGCUCACCAAGUUGGCCAUACAAAUCGGUUACGCCGGCUCCACAAUAGCAGUUCUGACGGUGAUCAUCCUGGUGAUCAACUUCUGCGUGCAUACGUUCGUUAUCGAACAGAAACCGUGGAAGGCGACUUAUAUCAACAAUCUGGUGAAACAUCUGAUCAUUGGUGUCACUGUACUGGUCGUCGCCGUGCCUGAAGGAUUGCCUCUCGCUGUUACUCUAUCGCUUGCCUACUCUGUCAAGAAAAUGAUGAAAGAUAACAACUUGGUACGUCACUUGGACGCUUGCGAAACCAUGGGUAACGCGACCGCGAUCUGCUCAGACAAAACGGGAACUCUCACCACAAACCGAAUGACAGUAGUACAAUCUUACAUCUGCGAGAAACUCUGCAAGGUCACGCCUAACUUCAGGGAUAUACCGCAAGAAGUCGCCGAAACUAUGGUCGAAGGAAUAUCUGUUAAUGCUGCCUUUACGUCCAGAAUUAUGCCGAGCCAAGAUCCAACAGGGCCUCCGAUGCAAGUGGGUAACAAGACCGAGUGUGCCCUUCUGGGCUUCGUUCUAGCCCUCGGUCAAAGUUACGAGGCAGUUCGUGAGAGACACCCCGAGGAAUCAUUCACCAGGGUGUACACCUUCAACUCUGUGCGCAAGAGCAUGUCCACCGUCAUCCCCUACAAGGGCGGCUACCGACUCUACACUAAAGGAGCUUCUGAAAUCGUUUUGAAGAAAUGCGCAUUCAUCUACGGUCACGAAGGUCGUUUGGAAAAGUUCACGCGCGACAUGCAAGACCGAUUGGUACGACAGGUCAUCGAACCCAUGGCCUGUGACGGACUUAGGACCAUCUCCGUCGCUUACAGGGACUUCGUACCGGGCAAGGCUGAAAUCAACCAGGUGCACAUAGACCAGGAACCGAACUGGGACGACGAGGACAACAUCGUAAACAACCUGACCUGCUUGUGUGUAGUCGGUAUUGAAGAUCCUGUGCGACCAGAGGUACCCGAAGCCAUCAGGAAAUGUCAGAAGGCGGGCAUCACAGUGCGUAUGGUAACUGGUGACAAUGUGAACACGGCGCGGUCCAUCGCCAUCAAGUGUGGUAUACUCAAACCGACCGACGACUUCCUCAUUCUCGAAGGCAAGGAGUUCAAUAAGAGGAUCAGGGAUACUAAUGGCGAGGUACAACAACAUCUACUAGAUAAAGUAUGGCCGAAACUCCGCGUACUUGCACGAUCGUCGCCCACAGACAAAUACACGCUAGUGAAGGGAAUGAUCGAGUCCAAGGCAUUCGACACUCGUGAGGUGGUCGCCGUCACAGGAGACGGUACCAACGACGGACCUGCGCUCAAAAAGGCUGAUGUUGGAUUUGCUAUGGGUAUCGCAGGUACGGAUGUAGCGAAGGAAGCAUCAGACAUCAUUCUAACUGACGACAACUUCUCUUCGAUCGUGAAGGCGGUGAUGUGGGGACGUAACGUGUACGAUUCCAUCGCCAAGUUCUUGCAGUUCCAGCUUACAGUCAACGUAGUCGCUGUCAUUGUUGCUUUCAUCGGAGCCUGUGCGAUACAGGACAGUCCUCUCAAGGCAGUACAAAUGUUAUGGGUUAACCUUAUCAUGGACACGCUGGCGUCACUGGCGCUGGCGACGGAGAUGCCGACCCCCGACCUGCUGCAGCGCAAGCCCUACGGACGGACCAAGCCUCUCAUCAGCCGCACCAUGAUGAAGAACAUCCUCGGACAGGCCAUCUACCAACUCUUCAUUAUAUUCUCGCUUCUAUUUGUCGGCGACAGGCUCCUGAACAUCCCAUCAGGCCGCGGCCAGGCUCUAGGCUCCGAACCGACACAGCACUUCACGAUAAUCUUCAACACUUUCGUUAUGAUGACACUCUUCAACGAGAUCAAUGCGCGCAAGAUACAUGGCCAAAGAAAUGUGUUCCAGGGAUUAUUUACCAAUCCCAUCUUCUAUUCUAUAUGGAUCGGCACUGCGGCUUCGCAGGUAGUAAUAAUCCAGUUCGGUGGAAUGGCGUUCAGUACGGCGGGUUUGUCGAUAGACCAGUGGCUCUGGUGUCUGUUCCUCGGAGCUGGGACCCUCGUUUGGGGUCAACUCGUCACCACCGUGCCCACCAGGAAGAUACCUAAGAGACUGUCAUGGGGCCGAGGUCAGCCCGACCCAGAGACUAUCCAGCCCGGCCCAGACUACGAUCCGGAUCUGGAUAAGAAGCCGCGAGCUGGCCAGAUCCUCUGGAUCCGCGGUCUGACGCGCCUCCAGACUCAGCUGCGCGUGGUGCGCGCCUUCAAGUCCACGCUGGAGGACCUGGAGGAGCGUCUGUCGGCGCACUCGGCGGCCGGGCUGCGCUCGCGCCUGCGCGGCCCGCCGCCCGACAUCGCCUACAUCGACGCCGACGACGUGCCGGCCGCGCCGCGCACCGAGACCACCAUAUUCUGAGCUCGCCGCCCGCCCCGACCCCAACCGACCGACCACGAGAACGCACUCUAGACGUUUUAUUUUUAUUCUAUGCAACUUUUU